AUGGCGGGCGGAGGAUUUACAUCAGCUUCCGGGAACACCGAAUUCGAAGCAAAGAUCACAUUUACUGUCAUCAUUUCUUGCAUAAUGGCCGCCACCGGUGGUCUUAUGUUCGGUUAUGAUAUUGGAAUUUCAGGCGGUGUUACAUCAAUGCCUAGCUUUCUGAAGAAGUUUUUCCCAGAAAUAUACAGAAGGACACAAGAGGAGCACGGGAUUGAUAGUAACUACUGCAAAUAUGAUAAUCAAAACCUUCAAUUGUUCACAUCCUCUCUCUACCUUGCAGCUUUGGUUGCAACCAUAUUUGCCUCUGGAGUCACCAGAAAACUAGGCCGCAAGCUAACUAUGUUGAUUUCUGGGAUUUUCUUCAUUGUUGGAACUGUCUUAAAUGCAGUGGCAAAUCGCCUUGCUCUCCUCAUUAUAGGCAGGAUCAUACUUGGUUGCGGUGUUGGUUUCGCCACUCUGGCCGUGCCAGUUUUUCUUUCUGAGAUUGCACCCACAAGAAUUCGUGGAGCACUCAACAUCAUGUUCCAGCUUAACAUCACCAUCGGAAUUCUCAUAGCAAACAUUGUCAACUGGUUUACCGCAAAGAUUGAAGGUGGAUAUGGGUGGAGGAUAUCAGUGGCAUUGGCGGGCAUUCCAGCUCUGAUGCUAACAGUGGGGGCCCUCAUAGUGGAUGACACUCCCAAUAGUCUUAUUGAGAGGGGUUUUGAGGAUGAAGGAAAGGCUGUGCUCAAGAAGAUUCGUGGUGUAGAAAAUGUUGACCCUGAAUUUGAUGAUAUUGUUAAAGCUAGUAAAGUGGCUAAAGAGGUCAAGAACCCCUUCACCAACCUCUUAAAGCGCCACAACCGUCCUCCUUUGAUCAUUGCCAUCUUGUUGCAGGUCUUCCAACAAAUGACUGGCAUCAAUGCGAUCAUGUUCUAUGCUCCAGUGUUGUUCAACACAUUGGGAUUUCAGCAUGAUGCUUCACUGUACUCAGCCGUGAUCACAGGAGCUGUGAAUGUUCUCUCCACAUUGGUUUCUGUGUUCUUAGUUGACAAAGCAGGGAGAAGGGUGCUCCUGUUGGAAGCUGGUGUUCAAAUGUUUGUGUCUCAAAUGGUGAUUGGAAUAAUACUUGGGUUAAAGGUACAAGACUACUCAGAUAGCUUGAGCAAUGGAAUUGCCAUGCUGGUGGUGGUCAUGGUUUGCACAUUCGUGGCAUCUUUUGCAUGGUCUUGGGGCCCACUUGGGUGGCUGAUUCCCAGUGAGACAUUCCCACUAGAGGCUAGGUCAGCCGGACAAAGUGUGGCCGUGGUCACCAACAUGCUCUUCACCUUUAUCAUUGCACAAGCUUUCUUGUCCAUGUUGUGCCACCUCAAGUUCGGGAUCUUCUUAUUCUUCUCGGCUUGGGUGCUUGCCAUGUCAUUAUUCACUAUCUUCCUAAUUCCAGAGACAAAGAAUAUCCCGAUUGAAGAGAUGACUGAGAAAGUAUGGAGACAACACUGGUUCUGGAAGAGAUUUAUGGAAGAUUAA